AUGAUUCGUCACUCGUGGUCCACCCCGUGUUUCAUCCCUGAGGAAGUGGAGCCCCAGGACGAGCCCUCACCCCCCCGCCGCCCCCGCCCCCUCAGCUGCUGCGACCCUCCCCGGGAUGAGGAUGUCUUUCCUCUAUAUUACCGCGAGAACCCUCGUCGCCUCAGCUGCAUACCCUCCCGAGAUGACGACGAUGAGGAUGACGUGCCUAUAUUUAUAUCCAGUGAUCAGCACGUCGCGGACACGUCAGCAUCGAGUGAGAGGCCGUCCUUGACUACCCCGGAGACCCCCACGCCCCCCUCACCCAGAGGAAGCCCCGCCAGGUCAUCCACCACUAGUCCUCCUCUAUGUAGUCGUGCUCGAGCUGUCUCAAUCAGACCCUCCAAGUCAGAGAUGAGGUCCACCUCGGUGCCCCCCCGCCGGCCCCGGGUGCUGUACCGGACCCGCAAGACGUCCAUGCCCAUGCCCAUCCGUAUCCCCGAGGACCGUGUGGCGUACUGCACCUCUCCUCUCUUCUCACCCCUCGGCUCUCCUCCCCUCCCUUACGACGCCGCGGGCAGGAGGCCACAG